AUGUUCUCCCGCUCAGUAUUGCGGAGUCUGACCUCCGAUCUGCGCUUGUCAGCGCCCUCGAUCUCCUCCAUUCCCCUUCCGCAACGAGCUUGCCUUCACCAAACGGCAUCGCUCCGGAACGCGCAACAACAAUCCCAGACCCAAUCCUCAUCUGUUAAUCCCGAAACACCUCUGUCCGCUACCCCACGCGCACAAGACUCUAUCCCAGAGACCCAGGUCUCCCCCAUCAACAACACCAUCCUCCGCAAUGAUAUUCCCCUCGCGAAGCAGCCCGUUGCUCCCACAUUCACCGCACCUCUCGAAGUGACCAAGUCCCUUAUGGCGCAGCUUCCCCACCUCGUUGGCCAGAAACCACACUACGUUACUGCCGAGCUGCACGCCCGGCCUUUCCUCUUAACAGAGGGCGAUCACGUUCGUCUGCCGUUCCUUAUGCCGAAGGUGAAGACCGGUGAUAUCCUGCGAUUUAACCGGGCCUCUGCGCUUGGAUCUCGUGAUUUCACCUUGAAGGGCUCACCCCACAUCGACGAGCGACUGUUCGAGUGCCGAGUCCGUGUUAUUGGUGUGGAGUCGGAGCCAUUGCGCAUUAAGGAGAAGACGAAGCGAAGACAGAGACACACAAAGCAGGCUCGGAGCAAGCACCGGUAUACUAUUAUGCGAGUGAUGGAUGUGCGGGUGAAGAGUCCUGAAGAAUUGUUGAAGGAGGGCGCUGUGGUGGUUGAGGAUGCAGAGGACUCUCCCCAAAUUGAGGCCCGGUCAUGA